CUUGCAGUAAUAAUCGCAGUAUAGGACGCACCAGCAGAGCAGCAGCAGCCUGAUCAGCACAGACUCCUCUGCUGUUUAACUUUCUCCUGCUUGUUGUUGUUUUCUCACCAUACUGAGGAACCUCUCACCUCUCUGCAGCAGCAGUCAUGGAUGAGAUGGAGGAAGAGUUAAAAUGCCCAGUGUGUGGCUCUUUUUUCCGGGAGCCCAUCAUCCUGCCGUGCUCACACAACAUCUGCCAGGCUUGCGCUCGGAAUAUCCUGGUCCAGACUCCAGAUGCUGAGUCUCCACACAGCAGCAGAGCGUCCGGAUCCGGCGUCUCUGACUAUGACUACCUGGAUCUGGAUAAAAUGAGUUUGUACAGUGAGGCAGACAGUGGAUACGGAUCCUAUGGAGGGUUUAUGAGUGGACCUACUACUCCUUGCCAAAAAUCACCAAACGGGGUGCGAGUUUUCCCUCCAUCUGCACCCCAACCUCCUCCACAGCAGCCCGGCUCUCUGCCUCCAAUCCCCCGCAACUCGUGCAUCACCUGCCCGCAGUGUCACCGCAGUCUCAUCCUGGACGACCGGGGGCUCCGCGGGUUCCCCAAGAACCGGGUCCUGGAGGGCGUCGUGGACCGGUACCAGCAGAGCAAAGCGGCCGCCUUAAAGUGCCAGCUGUGCGAGAAGAGUCCCACCAAGGAGGCCACGGUGAUGUGCGAGCAGUGCGACGUGUUUUACUGCGAGCCCUGCCGCCUCCGGUGCCAUCCUCCCCGCGGUCCUCUGGCCAAGCACCGCCUGGUGCCGCCUGCUCAGGGCCGGAUCAGUCGGCGAGCCAGUCCGCGCAAGAUCUCCACCUGCACGGAGCACGAGCUGGAGAACCUGAGCAUGUACUGUGUGCAGUGUAAGAUGCCAGUGUGCUAUCAGUGUUUAGAGGAAGGCAAGCACGGCACACACGAAGUCAAAGCUCUGGGCGCGAUGUGGAAACUGCACAAGGGUCAGCUGUCUCAGGCUCUCACCGGCCUGUCAGACCGAGCCACUGAGGCCAAAGAGUUCCUGGUUCAGCUCAGAAACAUGGUGCAGCACAUCCAGCCUUUGUCUGUUGUGUUGCAGGAGAACGGAGUGGAGUUUGAGGCCUGUUUGGUGGCGCAGUGCGACGCCCUCAUCGACGCCCUGAACCGACGCAAAGCCCAGCUGCUUUCUCGAGUCAACAAAGAGCACGAACACAAGCUGAAGGUGGUCCGGGAUCAGAUCUCCCACUGUACGGUGAAGCUGCGUCAGACCACGGGGCUGAUGGAGUACUGCCUGGAGGUCAUCAAGGAGAAUGACCCCAGUGGAUUCCUGCAGAUCUCUGACGCUUUGAUCCGGAGGGUCCACAUGACGGAGGGCCAGUGGGGGAAGGGAACGCUCACCCCCAGGAUGACCAGCGACUUCGACCUCACUCUGGACAGCGGACCCCUCCUGCAGACCAUCCACCAGCUGGACUUUGUCCAGAUGAAAGUCCCAGCUGCUCCCAUGCUCCAGCUGGAGGAAUGCUGCACUCAGAACAACAGCGCCACGUUGUCAUGGAAACAGCCACCGCUCUCCACCAUCGCCGUGGACGGAUACAUCCUGGAGCUUGACGAUGGAAACAUGGGGCUGUUCAGGGAAGUGUACGUGGGGACGGAGACCAUCUGCACGGUGGACGGGCUCCACUUCAACAGCACAUACAAGUCCAGAGUGAAGGCCUUUAAUGCCAGUGGAGUGGGCCAGUACAGCAAGACGCUGAUCAUGCAGACCUCUGAGACUGGACUCCCUCCAUGUGAUAUUCAGUCUAUAGGCACAGUCGCCUGGUUCACCUUUGACCCGGCGUCCGCUCACCAGGACAUCGUCCUCUCCAACGACAACCUGACGGUGUCGUGCAACAGCUACGACGACAGGGUGGUCAUGGGUAACUCCGCUUUCUCCCGCGGCGUUCAUUACUGGGAAAUGACCGUCGAUCGCUAUGACAACCACCCGGACCCGGCCUUCGGCAUCGCUCGGGGCGACGUGCUGAAGGAUGUGAUGCUGGGGAAGGACGACAAGGCGUGGGCCAUGUACGUGGACAACAACCGCUCCUGGUUCAUGCACAACAACUCGCACACUAACAGGUGCAGGACGGACGGCGGCAUCAGUAAAGGAGCUACAAUAGGAAUUCUACUGGACUUCUCACGCGGGAUCCUCAUCUUCCUCAUCAACGAUGAGCAGCAGGGUCCGGUGGCUUUUGAAGCCUUGGAGGGCGUCUAUUACCCCGCCAUCAGCCUCAACCGAAAUGUCCAGAUCACACUGCACACUGGUCUACCCAUCCCUGAUUUCUACACCACCGGGGAUGCGGAUCCCAACGACUCAGUGUGCUAAAGACUCACACACCGACUGGCUGGGGAGAACCUCUCCAGGAUUUCCCAGGGUUCAUCCUGCCAGUCAAUAACUAUGAUCCACCCCCCCACCGCCCCACCUCCUCCUGUCCCCAAGACCGACUGACCCCCUGACUCUGUAAGAGGCCCCAUCCAGCGCUGAGCCAUGCCUUUAUCAUGCCUAAACCUUGGACACUUGGACCAUCUGCAGGACAAAACUGGAUCGUGCUUUGCAACCUUGUAUUUUGACGUGUUACAGUUGAAGAGGGUUUAAUCCUUUUGAAAAAUAUACUCAAGCGGAUGGACUUGGAAUAAUGUGCAAUGAUCAUAACAUCUGCUUAAAGGAAUAGUCUGAAAUUUUGGAAAAUAAGCUUACUUGCUUUCCACUCGAUUACCACUCUCAUGUCUGCACACUAAAUAUGAAGCUACCUGCAGCAGUCGGUUAGCUUAGCUUAGCAUAAAGACUGGAAACGGGGGGAAACAGCUAGCCUUGCUCUGUCGAAAGUUCAGAAAUAUGUUUACGAACACUUCUAAAGCUCACUUAUUAUUAUUUUUAGGUUUUUAUAUCACUCUGUAGCUUCCCAGUGGUGUUCCAAUGUAAAGCGGUGAGAAAAUAUUCUAAAUAUAUUGUACACUUGAACUGAUAUUGAUGUUUUUUUAGGUGGUCAUCGCCGUCAGACAGCCCUUUCCGACGGGGAACUGAAGCCGUUAUAUAGCUCUCUUCAAAGCCACCAGACUCCAUUCACAUAAAUAAUCAUUUUACAUCGUAGAACACGAAAGUAUACAUACAACCCCACUUUAAAAAUACAAAUUAACCCAAACUUAGCACAAGUAACGUUGACUCAGCUAGUGCUAUUUAGCAUACAGCCAUGAAAGUGGUCUUAUCUAACUCUCGGCAAGAAAGCAAAUAAGCAUGUUUCCUUAUAUAUUGAACUGUUCCUUUAAAGGUGGGAGUUUGUUUUGUAAAUGAGUCGACUUAGAAAAAGUAGCCCCCGUCAUACCAUCAACAUACAGCUCAAUAUAUCUUAUUCUUUAUUCUUAUUCUACACAAUAUCCUGUAUGUUUCUUUUCCUGCCAACAAUCAUGAACAUCCUGACACAUUUAAACCACCCGGGGGAGCAUGAGAGGUCGUGUUUCAUGUGUUUAUGUGUGUGAAUGUAUGUGAGGUGGGGGUGGACGGGUCGAGACUGGUCUGCAGCUGCAAUGAUCCCUGGAAGAGAGCAAUAGUCCGACUCUCAGCCGCGUCACUGUUGUAUCCUCAUCCGUAUACAUGAGACGCUUUUCUUAGUGGCUUAGCUCGUGUGAUCCUUCUGUAUCGUCUGUAAAAAAACAAAAAAAACAUGCAGCCUUUCUCUGCGGUGCAGCUCUAAAAACAGGAUGGAUGGGUUUUGGUGUAACGUACCAUAAAAGUGGGCGAUUCCGUGCAUUGAAGUGUGUUGUAAAUGGGUUAAAGAUGAUGACUGUGAAGCUCUUUGAAUAAGGUGCUACAGCAGCUUCGCUUCAUUCUGGCUUUUUUUACUGUAGGUGACUAAAUCCUGGUAGUUUUGUAAUAUUGUUAUUGCAAAGAUCUAUUGCAAAGAGGUGUAUAGCUAAAUAAGUUAUUGAUGUUCAGAGUUUUUUCAAUGAGAAUUCAUCAUUGUUCCUUUAUUUGAUGUAUAGUUAUUACAGAAGCAAAGAAACUGAAUCUUUUUUUUUUUUUUGUCGCUUUAAAAAUGUAGUUUGGAGUUUGUUCUCAAACCAGUUUAUGUCCUAUUAAAACAACAGGAAAGGUGACUAUGUACUGGGAUGUUGUUGUGGCCUCACAUUUGGGCAACAGCCUCCUCAACAGGCAACAACUAAGCCAUGCAAGCAGCUCCGUGCUUUGAGCUAAAUGCUAACGUUUAAAUGCUGAUGUUUAGCAGGUAUAAUGUUUACCAUGUUCACCAUUUUAGUUUAGCGUGUUAGCAUGCUAACAUUUACCAAUUUGCGCUGUACACAAAGUACAGCUGAGGCUGAUGGGUGUGUCUUUAGUUUUGCAGGUUUUUGAUAGUUAAUCAUAGUAUUGAAAGUAAUUUAAAUUUAUCCCCAAAACUGGUACAAUCCAACCUGCGGGGGAUAUGAAUGUGUAUACCAAAUGUCGUGGCAAUCCAACCCACCGUUGUUGAGAUAUUUUGCUCAAAACCACAAAUGUGACCCUCAUGGUGGCGCUAGAAGAAAAGUCAGAGUAUCGUCAGUCAUUAAGAUUCAUCCUCUGGGGACCAUGAAUGUCUGUACAAAAUGUCUUAGGAAUCCAUCCAAUAGUUGUUGAGAUAUUUCACUCAAAACCACUAAUGUGACCCCUCAUGGUGGCGCAAGAGGAAAAGUCAGAGGAUCACAAAAGGGAUUAGGAUUCAUCCUCUGGGGACCAUUAAUGUCUGUGCUAAAGUUUGUGUCAAUCCAACUGGUAGAUGUUGAGAUAUUUCACAGGAUAAGUGACAUCUUUGACCUGCUGGUGGCGCUAGAGGAAAAGUCACAGGAUCCGCAAAGUCAUUAAGACUCAUCCUCUGGGGACCAUGAAUGUCCGUACAAAAUGUCUUAGGAAUCCAUCCAAUAGUUUUUGAGAUAUUUCACCAGAUUUCACAGAAUAAGUGACAACUUUGAGCUGCUGGUGGCGCUAGAGGAAAAGUAAGAGGAACCCCAAAGUCAUUAGGAUUCAUCCUCUGGGAACUAUGAAAGUCUGUCAAAAAUGUCUUAGGAAUCCAUCUUAUAGUUUUUGAGAUACUUCAUCAGAUUUCACAGGGUAAGUGACAACUUUGACGGUCAGAGGAUUAAGAAAAGUCUAUAGUAUUCAUCCUCUGGGGACCAUGAAUGUCCGUACCAAAUGUCAUAGGAAUCCACCCAAUAGUUGUUGAGAUAUUUCACCAGAUUUCACUGGAUGAGUGACAACUUUGAGCUGCUGGUGGCGCUAGAGGAAAAGUCAGAGGAACCCCGAAGUCAUUAGGAUUCAUCCUCUGGGAACCAUGAGUGUCUGUCAAAAAUGUUUUAGGAAUCCAUCCGAUAGUUGUUGAGAUAUUUCAGUCUGGACCAGAAUGGUGGACCAACCAACUAACAUGGCUGUCCCUGGAGACAUGUUGCCACUAGCAGGGCUAAAAAAAGUAACUGAAUUCAAAAUGUUGAGGUCGAUUUGAGGGAACUGUUGCCCUCCAAGUUGCCCAAAUACGUUUCCCAGUGCAUCGUCUCCCUGAGACGUACCAUACAUGUCUAGCAUACACAUAAGGUGCUAUCCUGUGUUUUGAGUUUCAUGGGUGUGCCUUUUCCCCUCUUCAAUACCAACCAGAUUUAUUAUGAAACUUUGCUACAAACUAGAUUCAUUGCUUCAGCAGAGUCAACUGUAACAUCUGUGAUGCCUGACUUCACCUGCUGCUACGUAUCUUUUCUAUCGGCUAAAAGGGCAACAAUAACCAUGUUUGUUAUGGAUAUAAUAACCACAGUAUUGAGGUUCAGGUUCUUAACUUUAUAGAUCCUCUCUGUGAUUUUUAUUUUCUCUUUCCCUGGAUUAAUAUUGAUUGUAAAUCAUCUAAAACUGAUAUAUGGCUGCACAGUAAACUAUAUAUAAUGUUCAGUAUGACAUGUGCAUGUGUGCUGAUAAGCCAGACUACUGCAGCGUUCAGCAAGUUGCACGGCCUUUGCUGCAAAGGCUGGAUUCAAGCUUUUGAUUCAUGCAACAUUUAAUUGGUGGGUUUUCAAGGUAAGCCUUUUGUCCGGCCGUAAUUAUAAUAAUAAAAGUACAAAAGCAGCCCCGUUCAGCUGAGGGUCACUGAGCAGCGACGGCUUCCUUUGCCUCGUACCGAGACAAGUGCAGCCUUUAUCACGACAUUACACAACCUCAGAUUCCAGGAAACAAAAUGGCUUUAAUUUUAGCAAAACAGUUCAUUAAAGGGAUUCUCCACAUGUUCAGUAGGAGAUGACACACACGUCUGUUACUUUUCAACACAAAUUAUCUUCUCAUGGAGCAUUUUCUAUUUGAAUAAGUUGUAUAUUUGAUUGAUAAAUACCAUAAAUGUGUGUUUCUCUACUGAACAUAUGAGGGUGGUGAUGUUUUAAAAAGUGUGUGAUUGUAACAUUUAUUAUUUCUAAACCAGCCAAAUACACUUUAAUAAUAUUAAACUUAGACCCGGGGAUGAUUUAAAAUCCAUUAAACUUUUGUGAAUUAUUAAAAACUUACACACAGUCGCUGGGCGACACUGGGUGUUAUAUAUCCAAAUGUACAUACAUGUGAGUGUGUGUGUGUGUGUGAGUGUGUGUUUACCUGCAUUAAUAACCUCAUUUUAACUCCAAAGUGAUUCUUUUUUUUGCCCUGUUUGAUCCGAGGUGGAAUGUCAUCACUCGAUAUUAUUAUUUACAGUGAUGCUGAAAUAUGUCUACGGAGAGUUUUAUGAAUAUAAAAUGAACAUUGUUAUUAUCGUUAUGAUUUUAACACAGUAUGAUUACUAUGAUUAUAUGUCUAUCAUUACCAUAUUACUGCUAUUAUUAUUAUGAUGAUCCGAAGUGUAAUAUGAGCCUCUGUGUUUUUUUUGUAUGUGUGAAUAUUCAAUAAAUAGGUGUCAACAAGG